AAUUGUUUCCCAAAAAGAAAACAAAAAUCUCGGCUCAGAGAGCGAGAGAGAGAGAGAGAGAGAUGGGAAGCAUGGCUCUUCUCCUUCCACCCUGUUCGCAGCUCCCUUGCUGUCCUCGGCACCGCAUCCGUGCCCCCAACAACCGUGGCGACAACGCGCGAAUCGUCGCUUCCCCGUCUACCUCGGCUUUGGAUGCCCUCUCGAAGCCCUUCCGCAAGCAUCGCCUCCUCUGCUCCGCUCUCCUCCAAGACGACGCUCCGCUGGGGCAGGAACAGCAGGAGCCGCCGCCGCAGCUCCCAAGUGGCGUCGUCGGCUCUCCGGUCGAAGAAACACUCACUGAAAACAUAAAUGAAGAUCCAUUGCAAAGUAUCAAGCAGGAUAAUGAGCAAAGCUCUCUGUAUAAUUUUCUCUAUCCCAGUAAAGAGCUUCUUCCAGAUGACAAAGAGAUGAGCAUAUUUGAUCAUUUGGAAGAGCUUCGCCAAAGAAUAUUUGUCUCAGUUUUGGCUGUGGGAGCUGCUAUCUUAGGCUGCUUUGCUUUUUCCAAGGAUUUGAUUAUACUCCUUGAAGCUCCUGUUAGUUCCCAGGGAGUUCGUUUUCUGCAACUGUCUCCUGGAGAAUUUUUCUUUACAACUCUUAAGGUAUCUGGUUACUGUGGGCUUCUUCUAGGGAGUCCUGUUAUUCUUUAUGAAAUUAUAGCUUUUGUUCUUCCUGGUCUAACAAAGGAUGAGAGAAAAUUCCUGGGCCCCAUUGUCCUGGGAUCUUCAGUGCUAUUUUAUGCCGGUAUUGUCUUCUCCUAUGCAAUCCUCACUCCUGCAGCCUUGAAUUUCUUUGUUAACUAUGCGGAAGGCGCUGUGGAAUCAUUGUGGUCCAUCGAUCAAUACUUUGAGUUUGUUCUCAUUCUUAUGUUCAGCACAGGGUUGUCUUUCCAGGUUCCAGUUAUACAGCUUUUACUAGGACAGGUUGGCUUGGUGUCCGGGGACCAGAUGUUAUCUAUCUGGAGAUAUGUUGUGGUCGGUGCUGUUGUUGCGGCUGCUGUGCUUACACCCUCAACUGAUCCCUUGACACAGAUACUCUUGGCAGGUCCUCUGUUGGGUCUCUAUUUAGGCGGCGCGUGGAUGGUCAAAUUAAUAGGUCGCUAGUUCGAUCAUCUUGUGCAUGAUUUUCCCUCACAUAAUGAAUUAUGAACCAUAUGUGAAUCGAAGCGCAUGGAUGGUCAAAUUAAUAGGUCACUAGUUCGAUCAUCUUGUGCAUGAUUUCCCUUCACAAAAUGAAUUAUGAACCAUAUGUGAAUCAAAACAUGAGGUACGUCUUCUCUGCGUCCAAUGCUACCCGUUCAGUGUAUAUUUACUGUUCCAUAUUUGUUCAGAUAAAAGUUGGACAAUAAUCUAUUCUGAUCCUGCAAAACUAUCAAGGAUUUCAAAGACUAAUAUGCAAAGUAUGCCUCUGUUGUCUCUUCUCAGAUAGCAUAAUCUUUCACAAGAGUUUUCAAAGACGUCUUCAUCUCAAACACUCCAGUGAAUUAGUGCAACAAGUAGUGUUCUUCAGGAAGGCCAGUUCCUGAUGGUGUGCAGUUCAUCAGAAAUAUGCCACUUGACAUCAAGUCAAUUUCAAAUUGGAAUUGAGCUUAAACGUGAUUUAAGAAUUUAUUGUUACAUGUGUACAUAUUAUUUCUUUUAUUAGAUAUAUAUAUCUCCAAUUUCUCA